UCUCUCUCUUCAACUAUGAAAUUACUCUUUUAUACGCUGUGUAACACUCAUCUCCUUAAAUGACCCUGUGCUCUUCAGUCUUGAAAUUACACACUCUUUGAGUCUAGUCAAGUGUGAUUUUGUGAAUCCAUCGUCUCCUAAAGUAGAAAAGCUAGAAAAUAAUAAAAUAAAGAAAAGAAUCCCACUUUUGAUAGCUUCCACUUAUAUAUCUUCUCUCAUCUUCUAUAGGCAGCAAUAAACUUCACUUCUCUCUCUCCUUUAUUCUCUCUUUGCCUCACCAUUUCUGCUCAUAUAUGUAUGUUUGAUUUGAUCUGCCAAAGUUGAAUCUAUCCCUUUUAUAGUACUAUUCUCCUCAUGACAACCAGUUAAGUCCCUCUUUCACUCUGUUUGGGUUUUAACUAAUGAUCUAAAGAACCCUAAUCUCUCAAUCCAUAAAAGAAAAACAAAAACCCUAGCUCAGAUUCCAUCUUCUUUUUACCAAAAUCAAAAUUAAGCUAUGGAACUGAUCUCUCACCAAGCAAACAGAAACCCUAACACCUCCAUACAGUUAACACCCCCUUCCCCAAGCCGGUACGAGAAUCAGAAACGCCGUGACUGGAACACCUUCUGCCAAUACCUCCGCAACCACCGUCCUCCGCUCUCUCUCCCGUCGUGCAGCGGCGCACACGUUCUUGAGUUCCUCCGCUACCUUGACCAGUUCGGUAAAACAAAGGUUCACCACCAAAACUGCGCCUUCUUUGGCCUCCCUAACCCUCCCGCGCCUUGCCCUUGCCCUCUCCGACAAGCUUGGGGCUCGCUAGACGCCCUCAUAGGCCGUCUCCGUGCCGCCUACGAGGAGAACGGUGGCCCUCCCGAGGCUAACCCCUUCGGCUCACGCGCCGUCAGGUUAUACCUCCGUGAAGUAAGAGACUUCCAGGCCAAAGCUCGUGGUGUUAGCUAUGAGAAGAAGAGGAAGAGAGUUAACAAGCAGAAAAUGCAAACGCUAUCGCAGCCGCAGCCGCAGAUGCCUUUACCGCUGCAGCAAGAGCAGCCACAGCAAGGUCAGUCUGUGAUGGGUAAUUACUCGGGUGCAAUUGUAUGAUCAUGUUUAUAGAAAUUUCCCCACUUUUUAUGUAUUGUUUGUAUUUCUAUAUGUAUAAUCUAAUGUCUUAUCUGCAUUAUCUACGUAUGCUGUUGUUGCUCUUUUAGUUGUUGUGAACAAGAUAUAUUAUGAUUAUUCGUGUUAUUGUUUGAUCCUUUAUGCUUUUGGAGUUUAAUUUGAUUUAAAAUUAUAACCAUCAGCUUGAGGAUUAUCCGAUACAGUUAGGGCUCAUCAGCUCAUGUGUAUUAUACUAUUAUGUUAGUAUGUUCUAUGAUGAUCAAUGGAGGCACCUU